AUGAUGGAUUUCGUACAUCUGGAUGAAAAAUGGUUUUUCUUGAAGAAGGAUAAACAACGGUUUUAUUUAGGGGAAAAUGAAGAUGUGCCACACAUUACUGUGAAGAACAAGAACUACAUUAUCAAGGUUAUGUUUCUUUGUGCAGUGACACGUCCGCGUUGGGAUGCCACACGACUUCGCAUUUGGGAUGGAAAAAUCGGUCUGUGGCCGUUUGCUGUUUACGAACCCGCUGAGAGAGCUAGCAAGAACAGACCGGCUGGAACCUUAGAGAUUAAAACUUAUAGCGUCGGCCGUGAGAUCUACCAUCAAGCACUAUGCCGGAUGGUCAUCCCGCGCAUUAAAGAAGUAUGGCCGUCUGGCAAGCGUGUGGUGCUACAGCACGACAAUGCAAAACCGCACGUCGCGGCGGAUGACCCCGAAGUGGUCGCCGCAUGUAGCCUUGGGAACUGGAACAUGAAGAUCUGCCCACAACCUGCAAAUUCACCAGACUUUAAUGCCAACGACCUGGGAUUUUUCAAUUCACUGCAGUCACUGCAGUACAAGAAGCGAGCAAAGACUAUUGAAGACCUUGUAAACAACGUUGACAGCGCAUUCAAGGAGCUCCACUAUACCAAACUUGACAGCGUAUUUCGAACGCUUCAGUCUGUGCUACAAGCAUCGAUGAGAGUUGACGGCUGCAACAAAUACAACAUUCCACACCUUUCCAAGGACAAGCUGAGAGCAGACACUGGUCUUUUGCUGCCGUCGCUAGCUUGUACUGAGGAGGUGUACAACAGAGCAAAGUCGUUCUUAAGUUCGGUUCAGUUGAAAUAA